CUUGUACCUCCUGCGUCUCCAUAAUUGCAGCUUGCUCUGCAUUUUCCUGCUCUUCCUGUAGACACUGCUUUGUUGACGGGAGUGGAGUGUAAUCCGGUGAGGUGGAGUCUUCCAAAGGGCCGUCCAGUGAAAGUUGCAUGUUCAAGCCGUGCCCUGGAAAGGUUUGGUUAGUGACAGCUUCAUGCAUCAUAGGGUCAGCAUGCUUUGAAAGCUCAACGAUGAGUUUAGUGGCUGGAUCGUGAGGCAUGAUGACUGCUGCGCUUGGGUAUUGAAGGAUUUUCUUUUCCUUGGCCGAGCCCCUCCAGUUGCAUUCGUUGGUGUUCCCGAGGCAGAGAAGCGAUGCGACUGGUGAGGCGAAGUGCACCUUCUUCUUUCCCCUUGCCGGUGAAGGAAGUGAUGAACCUGAUGACAUCCUCUUUAUGCACGAGGGUGGCAACUGCACACUGUCCCUUCUUGCCCGAUGACUUAGGACAGAUGGUGGGCUGGAUUGCCGCUGGCGUCCGCCGUGGUCUCUGUAUGAUCUCCUCCCUCUCUCUUCUGAUGUUGGUGCGACGUGGUUCAUGGUGUCUUGACCGGGCCGGGAGCAUAAGAACCCGAGUCUGUGUCGCCGCGUUCCCCGGCGACUGCGGUCUUGAACAUCGUCAUCCUCAACUCGGCCCCGGCGCGUGAGCUGGAAUACGGUAAAAUCAAAUUUUUGGUGGAGGAAAGCCAAAUUUACCGUAUUCCAACCUUCAUUGCUCUCGCUCCUCCCCGGAUCUCCACGAGCCCUUCGCUCUGCUGUUGCUGACGAUUCAGCAUAGGGCACCUUGCGAGCUUGAGUAGUAAGAGCUUGGGAGCCGUUGUGGGUUGAUGUCUCUGCAACUAACUUGCUUCUCCCACACGAGGCCUUCUGCAUAGAUGCGCCAACUUCUUGCUUGGAAUAGCUGUAGGUUUCUUUAUGCGGGGACGUCAGGUCGCCAGAGCUACGCAACUCCAUCCUUCUCACUUGAUAAUGGUCUGGUUACAACCAGGAGAUCAUGCUGUUAUUUUCUCACCAGUCAGACAUUUUCUUGAUUCGGCAUCCAAUCCUUUGGCAAUAAAGCACUUGGGGCCAAUUUUUCAGGAAUGCGGAGCUCGAGAAAAUGCUUAACCAAGAUCUGUCCCGGCUCUAUCCUGAAUUGGGGGACUUCUUCCAAACAAGCACGUGUCAGUCUAUGCUUGGACGUAUACUGUUAGUGUGGAGCCUUAGAUACCCAGAGUUUGGUUACAGACAAGGAAUGCAUGAACUCUUAGCUCCUCUUCUCUAUGUCCUUCACGCUGAUGUGCAGCACUUCAAACAAGUCAGGGGCUUUCAUGAAGAGCUUUUUGGUGAUGAUUUUGAUGGCCAAACUUUUCCAGAUAGGUUAAAGCUGAACAGAAGUGACAGGAAAAACAAUGUCAAGGGUAGCACAGCUAAAGUUAGAAGUUUGGCUGACCUUGAUCCUGAUACUAGGGACCUUUUCUUAAUAAAUGAUGCAUAUGGAGCAGAGGGUGAGCUGGGUAUUAUUUUAUCAGAAAAGUUUAUGGAGCAUGAUGCCUACUGUAUGUUUGAGAAUUUGAUGGAUGGUGCCCAAGGUGUGGUAGCUAUCACCGACUUCUAUUCUCUCAGUCCUUCACCAGAAUCAAGCACAGGUUUAACUCCUGUAAGGGAGGCAUCAUCUGCAAUAUAUCAUUUGCUUGCUAGUGUGGAUUCCUCUCUUCAUAGUCACCUUGUGGAAUUGGGAGUAGAACCUCAGUACUUUGCGUUACGAUGGCUCCGUGUCCUAUUUGGUCGUGAAUUUUCACUUGACAAUCUUCUGUUUAUUUGGGAUGAGAUCUUCUCUUCUCCUAACCAUUCAUAUUGUACAGACAUCAGUAGUAGAGCAGAUUAUCAAUUUAAGGUCUUAUGUUCUGCUCGUGGUGCCCUGAUUUUGUCAAUGGCAGUCUCAAUGAUGCUUCAUCUCAGAUCCUCCUUGCUAGGGAGUGAACAUGCCACUUCUUGCCUAGUGAGGUUGUUAAAUUUUUCUGAAGAUAUUGACUUGAAGAACUUAAUCGAGAAAGCCAAGUUACUGCAAUCUUUUGCCCUUGAAUCAAAUCUUUCUUCAUCUCCUCUGAGAGGAAAAUCUCCCUUGACUCCACCCAACUAUUGGGAAGAGAAAUGGAAGAUGCUCCAGUCACCGAUUGAUCAAAAAGGUGGUGGCCCAGUCAUCAGGAUGAAAGGACGGGGCUUUUUAAGAAGAAGCUUAUCUAACACUGAAUCAAAUGUUUCCAGAACCAGUGCUGCUAAUUUUGGGAACACCAAUUUAACUUCAACUAGGCAGUCUACUGCUGAUGAACUUCACAAUGCUGAUGAAGUUCCUGUGAAGCUGAUAAAUAGUUUGCCACACAUGCCUAUAGAAGAACAAAAGGAUCAUGUUUGUCAAGGUACUGCAGAGGCUAUCGGGAGUAAUUCAAAUAAUGCAUGUGAGGCUGGCCAGCAUAAUGGUUCCUGCUCACCUUCAUGUGAAAUUAGAGAUCCUCUUGGAGCAGCUAGUAGGUAUUUAUCGAGGAGCAGCAGUACCUCUUUGUCAUGUGGUUCUGAUUACGAUCAAGACACGCAUCAUGUGGAAGAACCAUCUAUUUUCCGUGAUGACAAUGUGGUUAAUGAGACUGAUGCACUCUCUGUGCACAAUGGUAGGACUGAUGAAGCAGCAACUACAACAAAUCAUAUGUCUGAAAUGGUGGAUAAUCAAUCAGUUCAACAGCAUCGACUAUGUUCUUCCGCUAAUGGGAAGUCGAAAGUAAAAGAUGACCAAAAUCCAUCUAUGACUGAAGGUGGCCACAAAGAAACAUUGGUAGUCAGUUCAAUGUCAAAUACGGCUGAUAAAGAGUUGACCAGAACAUUAAGAUAUCUAGGUGAAUCAAUGGUUGAAAACAUUCAGGCUAUUGAGUUGCUGUUUCGACGAAAUUUACUCUUGAAUUCAGUGGAUAAACUUGAGGAAACUGUUCCUGGAAGCACACAGCAAGCUAAGGCGUUAGCAGCUCUAAAAGAACUCAGGAAGAUCAGUGAUCUUUUACGUCGAAUCUAACUAGUACAGCUAUAAGUAUACUUUUUUCCCCCAUAUAUACGGUUUUGUAGCCUUUCAUAAUUGACUCCAUUUGACAAUGGAUUUGUUGUAACAAGGGAACAAUGUGUAACCAUCCGAUUGUAGUUUGUACAUGCUCCAUGUAAGCUGAUAAAUCAUAAUUGUACAUCUGAACGUCUCUUCGCUGGUGGUUGCAAGGAAGUGAAGCCGGUCGUACAUUUUUAAGGCUUGUAACAACAGAUAUGCAUGCCCUUUCGUGUUUUAUAUUUUGAUAACAAGAGCAACCAAAGAUAACUGGUUGCUGCCCUUGUGAGUUGUGAUACUAUGAUGGAUGUGCAUUUUGGUGUCGCCUUUGAGGC